ACCCGCGGCCUCCUGCCAAGCCCGUGAGCAGGAAGCGACGCAUCCAGAUGCCCUCUCGCACACGCGAAUGCUACAAUUUUCAUGGAGAAGGGGGUGAUUUAUUUUUUUGCUCACAACAACAACAACAAAAACACAUACAUACGCGUGGCCGUUGUCGCGGUGUUUUUUUGUUUUAAUCGUCGUACGAAUUGUGCAACGAUGAACGGAGGCCGAAAUUGAGCCUGGGCGAUCCAGCGGCCGCCACCACCGCCGCCGCCAUCUCCACUCAAUUCUCCUUUCGUGUGAGUUGCACGUCUCUCGUGGCUGGAAACUCGCUCACACCGCGGGUGAUUCUGUGUGGGACGUGGGGAGGAGGAAGGCCGAGGGCAUUGGCUGAGUUGUCACGGAGCUGAAGGACACUGCUUUUCCUCAUUGAGCACAAAACGUAGAGGAGGGCUUGCUUGCGAAGACGAGAGGGUCUUCACCGGCACCAUCAUGAUAGAGAGCCAGAGCAGCUCGGACGAUGACAUCUCCAUCCUCAGCCAGACUGAGCUAGAAGGCGAGAAGAUGGAAGGGUCAUCUGGCAUGGAGCCUUUGCGCCUACCCAUGCAAGUCCCAGCGCCAUCACAGGGACUCUCGCAUAGGAGUGAGUCCGAGGACAGGCUAGGCUCGCAUGGCGCGCUGCUGGUGGCAUACGGAGAUCUCAAGACUCGCCUGCAGCAGUCCGAGCGAGAGAACCAGUUCCUGAGACAGACUGUGCGCACGCAGGACAUCAAGAUUCGUCAGUUGGAAAAUCUGCAGCAGGGGAAGAAUGGAAUGGUAUCUGGCGAUGGAAAAAAUGGUCAUGUGAGUGAGCAGUUAAACAAGGCCUACCAAGCAUAUCAUGAUAACUGUUUGGAGAAGAAAGAGAUGUUUAAGAGCCUGCAGGCAAAGAACGAUGAGGUGGAUGGUCUGCAGAAAAAAGUUGAGAGCCUGGAGAUGGAGGUGGAGAAGACUGUUGAGCAGCUGCAAGCUCGGGAGGUAGAGCUCCUGCAGAUGGUGACAGAGACGGAGACAUUGAGAGUAAGGGACCAGCUGUACAGUCCCCAAACACAGGAAAGGUCUCUUCCUCUUGCUGCAUCCCCUGAGGUGGACAUGCAUCGAGAGGUGGUGCAUCAGAGCAAAGUGUGUGAGCUAGAGAGCAAGGUCAAGGAGCUGGAGAAAUCUCUUGAGGCAAGUCACAACAGAGAGUUACAGCUCACGGAGCGACUCAAAUUGCAGGUUCCUAACUCCUUUACAACUGAAAGUUCACGAACAGAUCAAGAAUUCAUCUCAUCCAAUAGUUCGACAGAAAUGCAAGACAUUUACUUCCAACUUUGUGAGGAGUUUUCUAAGUUACAGCAAUUGGCAAAACGCCAAUCAGGGCUGCUCGAAAAACUGGCAGCAAAGAAGCAAACAUCUGGUUUCUCUCCAUUACAAUCCUCAGAAGAACCCCAUUCUCCCAUUAAAGUGGUUUUACCCAGCAACCAUAUACAUGCAGUUCAUUACAGGAGUAAGGGCAAUGUAUCUGGAAAAGCAGACCCAUUGCCCCUGGAAGACACAUUCACUUUGAUCAACCGAGGCUGUUCAGACAAUGAGUCAUUGCAGAGGUUGAUCAUACAGAAUGUGCCCAGCAUGUGUUCAGAGGAGACGGAAGCGGCGUGUGCUGUCUGUGGACAGACAUUUCCCGCUGAGCUGAAGGAAGAAUACAGAAAGCAUUUUCAAGCUCAUUUUGGGAUCAUGUGACCUCUUCCAUUACAAUUGGCUUAUUAACAACUUCGUGCCGGUCCAAAAUAUAUAGAUCACCGAAGGGGAAAAGCCACAAAAUUAUGCAAUUCGUUAUGAAAGUGCACUUUAUUGGAGUCAUACUAUAUGCAUUGCAAAUAUAGUUGGAUUUUGGUAAUAUCAUGGUAUAAAAGCAGACUUUCCACGAGAGGGCACUAUUACACAACCCCAUUGACAUGAGUGCCGUAUAUUGUAACACCAUUCCAUUUAACGCUUCAUAUGGUGUGUUAGAACACCGUUGAAUCAUGUGAAGCUGAUUUGUAAAUAUUAUUACUACACAAAGAGUGAUAGAUAAACGAGUAAAUGUGUAUGAAAACCUACAGUUGUGCUCGGUAAUUUUACCAUUGUGAUUUAGAUACAACCUCUCAGCUUCCAAGUUCCAGCUGCCGCUUAUUCUAAACAAUUUUUUUAAACGUUCUGCAAACAGUAAUUCUGCAGUCAUCACACCAUAUGGUUUAAAAAUGUACACUAAUAGAAAGCAUUGAAAAACACGUCAUUCACUUAUCACACUUUCUUAUGCUUCAAAAUAAAUAAGACAAAGCAAAA